UAUGUCAGAGAUUCGUCUGGUCCCUUAACAGGCACUGUACUAAAUGCAACUUCUGCCCAUCCAAGCGUGGAGACACUGCCAGUCCUGCAGCCGCUGUGCCAUCCCAGACCACCCGUGUGGGCUGACUGAAGGAAAGGAGGGCUGCUUCAACUGUGGCAGCCUGAAGCACAAACGCAAAGCCUGCCCCAUCAAAGACACACACAGGGUCAGCAGGCAUCGGCCCGGCGCUAAGAGUGGAGCAAAAAAUGUAUCUCAUCGUCACGUCUUCAAGGCUAAAGGCAAGAGGAAGUCAGGAGCAGCUCGCAGAGCGAAGAAGAUGGCUGCUCUAUCUGUGUGACCUCCACGUUCAUGCAGUAUUUUGUCAGCUGUGCAAUCUUAAGGAAAGAGGUUUAACUCAAAGGACUGUUCUUAAAAGUGUUGACAGUUGUAGCAUAAUAAAAGUAAUAUGA